ACUUUGACACCAGGAGACCGUUUUCGAACUACGCGAGCCGCCUUCCGGCGUAACGUUCGCCAGAGCGCGCGAGCUCCAGCUAUCUCGCGCCGUGCUCAGCUGGACACCACACGCAUGCGCAGAUCGAGCGGUUCGUUCGCCCUGCAUUGGCGAAGCGGACUCCUGUCCAUCCUGCUGUGGAGGCGGAAUCGCAGAGGCGCUCGGAGCGGCGCAACGCCUCACUCGCCUGGGAUGUGUGAGGACUGCAGCUUUCAGUUUCAAAGAAACUAACGUAACAUUACAUAAAAUAAAAUAUCGAAUGUCUCCGAAGCCUGUGCAGUUCGCUUUUUUGAUUUAUAGGCAAUAAGAAAGAGUAAACGCCGAAGAAGUGGCAGUUCCUGAGGCCCACAGUGCCAUGCCAGAGGGUUCACACUCUGCUCUGUAUGAGGUUCCGAUGGGUGAAGGUGGAUUGACUGGCUCAGUUCUGUAUAAAUUGUUUCUAAGACCUUCCCAGGAGUGGUUAAUUGAGUCUCCUCGGUUGUCCACGGCCUCCUCUGUUAGCAGCAAUGAGCGUCUGUCUGCUGCCAUCGCAUCGGACUGCUCGGUCCCACUUGGUGCUGACUUCCCACACGGCGAGCGUCCAGUGAGCCUUGUGUCCACGCUCUCUUCAGGCUCAUCUCGGGACGGACAGAGCCUGUACGGGAGCACUGCUGCUCUCCCGGACAGCGAUGUCGAUCUAGACUUUGGUGUGGCUCUACGAGGUGCCAGGGGGCAGACACAGCAGCUCACUGGUCCAGUAGAGGCUGGUAGGGAGGAAGAGCUUGCCCCAUGCUCCACUCAGUACAACAACAACGCCAUACCAGCUGAAUCUGGGGCCUUAUUCCAUCCACCACUCUCGCCCUUUGCUGCCAAAGCUAUGGCGCCCAAUCCCAAGCUCACCUAUCUGGACCGUGUCGUCAUGGAGAUCAUUGAGACUGAGCGCAUGUACGUCAGGGAUCUGCGCAGCAUUGUGGAGGACUACUUGGCCCAUAUCAUUGACACUGAUGACCUUCCCAUUGGACCAGAGCAGGUGUGUGCCCUUUUUGGCAACAUUGAGGACAUCUACGAGUUCAAUAGUGAGCUCCUCCAGUCUCUGGAUAUGUGUGAAAACAACCCUGUGGCUAUUGCCAGAUGCUUUGUGGACAAGAGCGAGUACUUUGAGAUCUAUACGCAGUACUGCACUAACUACCCCAACUCGGUAGCUGCUCUCACAGACUGCAUGAGGAACAAGACAUUGGCUAAGUUCUUCCGGGAACGGCAGGCCUCACUAAAGCGCUCACUGCCCCUGGGCUCCUAUCUCCUUAAACCUGUGCAGAGGAUCCUCAAGUACCACCUGCUGCUACAGGAGAUUGCCAAGCACUUUGACCACAAUGAGGAGGGCUAUGAGGUGGUGGAAGAAGCCAUCGAUACCAUGACAGGUGUGGCAUGGUACAUCAAUGACAUGAAACGGAAGCAUGAGCACGCUGUCCGCCUCCAGGAGGUUCAGUCUCUGCUGAUCAACUGGAAGGGGCCAGACCUCACCACCUAUGGGGAGCUGGUCCUGGAAGGCACCUUCCGUGUCCACCGUGCUAAAAAUGAGCGCAUCCUCUUUCUCUUCGACAAGAUGCUACUCAUCACUAAGAAGCGUGGCGAGCACUACGUGUACAAGACACACAUUUCAUGUUCCACACUCAUGCUGAUUGAGAGCACCAAGGAUUCGUUGUGCUUCAGCGUCACUCAUUUCAAGCAUCCCAAGCAGCCCCACACAGUGCAGGCCAAGACAGUUGAGGAGAAGCGACUGUGGGCCCAUCACAUUAAGAGACUCAUCUUAGAAAACCACCAUGCCAUCAUCCCCCAGAAGGCAAAAGAAGCCAUACUGGAAAUGGACUCCAUAUACCCCACCAAAUACCGUUACAGCCCAGAGAGACUAAAGAAGGCUGUUUCCUGCCAGUCUGAUGACUUCCCCACCGGGGGGCGACAGGGGCGGCGGCGGUCAGAACCUGCCAAGCAGAUUGUAAAAAACACUAAAGCUAUUCUUAAGCAUGCAGACAGUGAAGGCGCCCUGCAGGCCGACAGGCGCUCUCUGCAGGCCGGAGCUAGUGUCAGCACCCUGGGCUCGAGCCAAGGCGAGCCUGAGAGUGAGAGGCCUAGUAUGGAGGAGGAGGAGGUGGAGGAAGAGCUGGGCAUCAGGAAGAACUUGCUCGCGCGGCUCAGUCCUAGUGACAAUGAGGAACCUGGGCCAGGGGCACAGCCCUGUGGAGGCAGGGUGGAGCAGGAGGAGGAGGGGGAGAGUAACGAGGACGAUAUUCUGAUGGGGGACGACCAGGAUGAAGAGAUGUGUGAUGUUGCGGAAGAGAACGGCCUCAAGAGGCAGAGCAGCCAGUCAUCUGGACAGGAAGAUGCGUCUGAGAUUGCCGAGAGCGAACCCCUCGCUGAGGAGCAAGUUCCUGCAGAGCAACUGCAACGUCACAAUGAUGCUCCAGAGUUAGGGGUGUCUGAGGAAGAAAUGGAAGAUGCCUCUGAAUUUGAACUUGCUGCUUCCAUCAGUCAUCACGGCAAUUCAGAAACACUGGAGCCCUGCGAAGAACAGGAUGAAGGUGAGGAGACCAGAGAGGAGCUGCUGGUCCCCCAGCCGUUGGAGGAGAAAUCCCUGAGCAGUGGGGAGACGUCACAGGAUGAGGAGGAAGAGGAAGAAGUUGGCCCAGAUCUGGAGCCUGCUAGGAUCCUUCCUCCAUCUGUGCUGGACCAGGCCAGCGUCAUUGCAGAACGGUUUGCGAACAACCUGUCACGAAGAGAGAGUCUUCUUACGGAUGAAACGCGAUCAGUCAGCUGCUCCUCACCACGGCCGGCCAGUCGCAGUAGGUGUGGCAGCUCCCUCAGUAUUAGCACAGAGGCCCAGGAGAAGGCCAACCUACACCCCAGUACCUCUUCUGAACAGCUCCAGGAUCCCACUACCCCUGGGACUGAACCCACCACCUUCUCUCCCAGUACUGACAACAUCUUUGAGAUUGAUCGGGGGUCGCAGAGGAGACGGGACUCCACACUCUCUAAGCGAGACCAACUCCUCAUUGACAAGAUAAGGAGUUACUAUGAGCACGCUGAGCACCAGGAUGCCAGCUUUAGUCUCAAGCGAAGGGAAAGCUUGACCUACAUUCCUGUUGGUUUAGUCAGGAACCUGAGCAGCCGUCUCAACAGCAUUCCCAAGGUGGAAGAGGCUACAAUGGAAAAGAAAUCCACUCCUAGCACCCGACCACCCUCCUGGACAGUGUUCAAUCUUCCAGGUCUGAACAAUGACCAAAGACGUGAGAGAGCAGACUCCAAAGCAGAGAAAUCUCAACGCACCAAGCCCCCUGCACAGGAAGUUUCUGAGAUCGCUAUUGGCGAUGAAGAGUUUCGUCCCUCUUCUGAAAUGAUCAAGGUCUGGCAGAACAUGGAAAAUGACUUGGUUUUCAAUGACCCUUCAAAGGAACACCUGGUCAGCCCAAAAGCUCAGGAAGUUUCCUGCUCUAGUCAAAGCCUGUCCCUGAGAUCUUUGCCCAACAACUCUUCUCAAUACAGUGAGCCACUGCUGAUCUUGGAAGACCCUGACCUCAGUACAAUCUCAGAGGAGUCCUCCACUGUCUCACCUCUUAGGGGCUCCGAGGGGGUAGGGGCAGGAUUGGUGCAAACAGAUGGUCCGCAGGAGGAUGGGAGGGUCCCUCGAGCGCCCAUACCUAGGGUCAUCACCCUGGGUACAGAGGUGGAGGAGGAAUUACUCAUGCAGGACAUGGAGAAAAUGAAGAAUAAGGUAUUCCAGCUGGCCCGUCAAUACAGCCAGCGGAUCAAGAACAGUCACCCCAUGGUGAGGCAAAGAAUACGGGAGACUGAGAGCCAGCUCCUUAAGAAGAAUUUGCCUUCUGUUCAGGAGGAGAGGUCAGAUGUGGACGACAAAGGUAAACCCCCAUUGACACUGUCCCUGAACAUGUAUGAGCAGGUGAUCCUGCAGGAGUUGCGCUCCCCCAGCCCUACCCACACCCCCAGCCCAACCAACAACCUUAAUUCGGGUAGCCCGCGGGUUCUCUCCCCCAGCCAGAGCUCCAGAAGCCCACUAAGCCCCGUUCAGACGGAAAGCUUCCAUUGGCCAGAUGUGCGUGAGCUGCGCUCCAAGUACACCCAACGGGGCUCUAAUAGUGGGGCUCCCCGCCUCUCAGCCGUGAGCCGGAGCUGCUCUGUGCCUGAGAAAAUUCUGGAUUGCAGCUCUGCGCGACCUCGUACCACCUGGAGGCAUUCCAGCUACUCCUCCACCUCUAGUCCCCCUCCAGACUCUGGUCAGAUGGCACCCAGUGGCUGCCAGGAGUUUCUGGCCUACAGACCUCACUCCAGUGUUUCACCUACGGGCGACAGCCACACCCAGCUCUUUAGGUCAGGAUCCCUUAACCACAAAGGCCAAGUUCAACAAGACCAAGAGACCAACAGCCAUUACUACAUCUCUGCUCAGUCUGUGUUGCCAAAUGACCACAAGAUCAUUGUUGUGGAGAAGGCAGGUCCAUGGGAGGGAAGGGAGAGAGCAGGAAUUAUGGAAGAGGAAGAGCACGAGGAAGAAGCCAAUGAAACCUACAUCCAAAUCCGAUCACCAACAACAAAAGAUAAGAUUUCUAUCAUGGCUGUCAUCGACCGGUGUAAAGCGUACCAAGAGUCAGAGGAAUACCGUCAAAGGGAAGAGGGCCAAGCAAAGGCUGAGCAAGCCUCCAGAGGUGGUCGGAGCAGUGAGCAGGACCAGUGUCUUCUCACCAGUGAGCAGCUGUCUUCUGUCACUUCAAGCAAAAAGACUGAAAGUAGUCCUCAGAGCUUGGUGAAAAACCUUAGAGAUAAAUUCCAAAAUUUGGGAUCAAACUCUUGAAACUUUUUUUUAAAGGGCCUCUUUUAAAUAGCAAGAAUUUUGCAAGCUUAUUCUUUACGCUUUUGUUCACUCAUCUCCUUUCUAUGAGCUGGCUUCUGAGUAAAUGCAAACCAAGCAUUACAUUUAAGGUGGAACGGAAUAUUUGGCCUAUGCAUUUUCUUGUUUCUGUUGCUGCUUGUGGGGAAACAUGGCUGCCUUGUACUGUGCCAACCUGGCAACCCUGGAACACUUUCAUGUGCAAUUUGCAUCCUGCACAUAUAAUGGAGCACAAAAUAAUGCCAGUUAAUUUGAUGUUGUAGCGCUGUAAUCCAUUAGCUGUCCAGACAGUGAACUGUCAGUAUGAAAGGAAAUGAAUGGUUUAGGAAUCUCAGAACUUCAUUACUCCCAUGUAAAAAUAAUAUGGUGUAAAUGUUUGGUUCUGCUUUUUUCUCACCACUAAAUUCUGUUGUAAAGACCAUUUUGUACAUACGUUAUCAGCAAUGUUACAUGACCAUAUUUGACAUAGCUAAAAGUGUGCUUGAAAAGCAACUCAUAAGGCAUGGUUUGUGUUUUCUCUGUACAGCGCCUCUUUUCCUGUUUUUCUUUUAAUGAAGGCCAGUAAUUUCUCUACUGUAUUUCAACUGUGACAUGUCAUGAAAUUUCCUUACAUUAUAGAAACUCAAGAUGCUGAAGCUUUUUCCACUCCAGUCAAAUUAAUCACUGAAUGAAUAGAAUCUUGUUUGCUGUACAAAACCAAUUGUUACAGCAGAAGCCAACAUAUUUGUUGUACAGAGAACACCUGUUGUUUUAGUGAUCACCUCUUCUGGGUUUGGUAUUUUAAUGGCUGUAGAAGCUGUUGUUAAUGGAAUUUUGUAUAUUCUUCCCUGCAUGGAUUUUCAUGUCACCCCACGUGGGUAAGGAUCAAGCCACUAUACAGCAAGUAAUAUUUCUCGGGGUGGACUAAUCAAACACUAACUCAUCUAACUACUUCCUUGUUAGCAUUUUAUAUGUACAGCAUGAGGUUUGAAGUCUUGAACUGUGCAUGGGAAUCUCAGUUGUACCCUUAGCAAAGGUACCAAAUCUGCUAUAAAUCUUUGCCCCUCUGGAAAUAAGCGUAAUUUAAGUGGCUUUAACUGAAAACGUCACUUAGGGAAAUGUUAGAUGAGUGCAACGCUGUGAUAAAACAGAUAUGGAAGAAUACCAAAAACUUUAUUUUACACAAAAUCAUUUCAAGUUGUGAAAGGAAAAUGUGUGAUUGUGACUUCCUGCACAAUUGUACCAGUCUGUCCAGUCGAUCGCAGUGCUGUAACACCCUAUGGCAGUAUACCUGGGUAAAGAUGCAGGUUCUGGUGCAAAAGACGUAUGUACUUCAGUUCUUAGGGUCCAGACUAUUAGUGGCAGCAUCCCUGCUGUUUCGUACAUCACCAUAGCGCUGUAAGACAAAGGAAAAUUUUGCACCACUAGGAUUUAACUGUAGUGCUUUGCAGAUUUGGGAGUGUCAUCAUUGUGUGUGUGUGUGUGUGUGUGUGUGUGUGUGUGUGUGUGUGUGUGUGUGUGUGUGUGUGUGUGUGUGUAUAUAUAUAUAAGCAGUCUUCUGUGUGCUACAAAGCUCAAUACUUUGUGUGACCCUGGCUGUCCCCAAUGUGGGCUAUUAUUACUAUUAUUGCUACUACUACUACUAUCAGUUGAUCUCUGGGACUAAAUGUUUCCCCUAAUCAUGUAUAUUUUCCUCCUCCUUAUUUAUUAAACAGGUGUAAAUUUUCAUUUAUCGUCUAUCUUUAUAUAAAUAUUGUUUUGUGUACUAUGUAUUCUGUCCCAUUUCAGAGAGCUCAUUGUACAAAAAAAAUGUAAUUUUAUGUUGAAAGGUGGUGUUUGCUAUUAAAGCAACAGAUGUUUAGAAUUUGA